AUGGCGGCUGCCGUAAACACGUACAGUCGGUUCGUUUCCGUCGGAAGAAAACUGGGAAGUUUUCUGUUAAAUUCAGCUUUUAUCUCCCAGGCGGCGGCCUACCCCAACGAGAUGUCCUCCGCCAGGCCGACCAAGCUGGAGUUUGCGGUGCAGAUGACAUGUGACAGCUGUGCGGAGAAAGUUAGAGCUGCUCUGGAGGAUAAACCAGGAGUGAAGUCAGUCAGUGUUGAUAUCGGUAAGAAGGAGGUGCUGGUGGAGUCGGCUCUGACCAGCGCAGAAGUGCAGGCUCUGAUAGAAAGCACCGGGCGUAGAGCCGUGCUGAAGGGCAUCGGGGGAUCAGAGCAAGACCUGGGGGCAGCUGUGGCUAUGCUGGCCGGAACAGGAUCAAUUCAGGGGGUGGUGCGUUUUCUACAGCUGUCUGAGCAACACUGUUUGAUCGAUGGGACCAUCGAUGGAUUGGAGCCCGGGCUGCACGGCCUCCAUGUGCACACGCUGGGGGAUCUCACACAGGACUGUCUCAGCUGUGGAGAACACUUUAACCCAUCUGGGAAGCAACAUGGUGGUCCAGGAGACUCUGAGAGGCAUGUCGGGGAUCUGGGAAACGUCGUGGCCGGACCUGAUGGCAGAGCGUUUUUCAGGCUAGAGGACAGUCAGAUCAAGGUGUGGGAUGUGAUUGGUCGAUCUCUGGUGGUGGAUGCAGGAGAGGACGACCUUGGUCGAGGCAGCCACCCUCUCUCCAAACGGACCGGAAACUCUGGUGACAGGCUGGCAUGCGGGAUCAUCGCCCGUUCGUCCGGACUUUUCCAAAAUGCCAAACAGAUCUGUGCAUGUGAUGGGGUCACGAUUUGGGAAGAGAGAGACGUGCCGAUGGCUGGUAAAGGCCGGAGUCAGGCCAACAGGGAGACACCGACGGCAAACCUCUGAUCCUCGCACACAAACGUCGCUGACAGGAGUUUGAACUGAGACACCCUCCUGAGGGGAAACGGGACAUUUUGUUGACAGAGGGUUAGAGCUGGAGAUGAAACACAAAAGCACUGAUGUUGGACAGAAAAACAGACAUGUCAUCUAUAUUUUGUGAUAAUUUUCUUCGUAGUAAAUUGUAAUUAUCUUGCACUUGGUCCAGUGAAUGACUGACAUGGGGUUUGUUAAAUCAUACCGCUGAAAGCAUGAUAUGCUGCUGUUGCUGUCACCUGUAUGACGUGUAUGCAGGGUCUCGAGAAGAAGCCAUUCCUGUCUUUGUUCUGUUCAUUUUAAAUCCAUAAGGUGGUGUACGUGGCUUGAGCAAGAGAUUAGAAACUGCUGCGGAGGAAGAGUCAAAUUCCAUCCCGAGUGAAAGGGCAGAAGAGGGUAAAUGAAAGAGGGAGGCCUUGAGGGACUGUGUGCUCAGCUGUUUUUUUUCAGAAUGGGGUGUUGAGUUUCUUCAGCUCUGCCGCCACCACCUUCACAGCCAUAAACUGAGGGGAACAGAUCGUAUUUAACCCUCAACCCUUUACUUGUGAAAUUUUGUAUCUGAUACAUGAAUGUAACAUGAUAAACAAACUGCUACCAGAUGAGAUUCAGUAUAUUUUUUUUCCUUGACGAAAACAUCAAUAUUAGGACAUGCUGGUGUGCACCGUAUCACUUAUAUGAGAGGGAAUCUAGUGAAUUUUGCAUUGAUUUGUAUUUUUUUCCCCUCCAAACUGAGCAUCUGUGUUAUUCCACUGAUGCCUGGAUCAGUUUAUUGAAUUUUCCCUAAAUGUUCAGUCGUUGUCUUUUUCCACUUCUGUAUUUGGCUGAGUGAACCUUGAUGGCUAUAAAUAAUUGCCUUCAUUUAUUGAUCAGUAUGGGAUUUUCUUUUUUCUUCUUCUUUAAUGUCUGAAUAGUGGAUAUAUACCCUUUAUAAACUGAUCAUUCAAAGAUGUUAGAUUAAUAACAAUAACUGUUGGU